CAGUGCUUCCGGGGGCGGGACCGUAUGUGUGGGGUGUGACCAGUGCGAGGCGAGCGGGUGUGAGUGUGAGACCAACGUGGCCAGGGUUGGCUCUGUGUGUGUGUGUGUGUGUGUGUGUGUGUGUGUGGCCAGUGUGGCCAGGGUUGGGUGGGUGCUGGCUGGCUGAGUGAAAGGGCGUGGCUACAGUGAGAUGUGUGAUGUGGUCAGUUAGGGGGUGGGUCCCGAGUGUGGGCACUCACCCUCCUGCAAAACCCGCAGAGCUGAGUAUUUGGGUGAGGCCAGUGUCGGAGGGCUGAGGCCUGGGCCUGCCUUGGUGCCGCCAGUGUGGUGGGAGGAGACCAGACGGCCGUGAGGGUCUGUGUGUGGCUUAGGUGGGCUACCGCUGCUCGCCCCGCCCCGGACAUGUUUUGGGCCCCGUGAAGUUUGUUGUUAAUGCCACUGAAUGGAUGCAAGGUGCAGAGGACGGAGCCCGCCUUCCUCCAAAUUCCAAGAUUUGAGGUUUCUAGUCCCAGCCUGGUCCACACUAGAGUAACCGCUUUGUUUCCAAGCCUCAUUUCGUCAGUUAAACCUUUUAUAAGUUAUAUAGGCCCAUAUUGUGGUUAUUAUCUGAGAGUAUCGUUGUGUUUGAUUCUGCUGGGUCCCACGUGGGGGUAGAUUCGGAAAAAGAAUAGGCGUGAAUCCUGCAAGGAUGUGUGAAUGGGGUCCAUUUCGUGUGUCUGUGCCCAUUCAUUACGUGUGCCUUUGCGCUCGGGGCUGCGGUGGGUGCAUUGUAACACGUAAGUUUGUGAGAUUUGCUGUGAGUGUGAGGGGCGAGUGUGUCUGCAGUCGUGUGGUCUUCCACUUUCUUGGUGACAGUUCGCUCCCUUCAGCAUUAGCCGUCCCAGCCUCCCUCCGCCCCCACAGACCCCGCCCGCUGGACCCAGACAGCGUGGAGGAUGAGUUUGAACUGUCCACCGUGUGUCACCGGCCCGAGGGUCUGGAGCAGCUACAGGAGCAAACCAAGUUCACUCGCAAGGAGUUGCAGGUCCUGUACCGGGGCUUCAAGAACGAAUGUCCCAGUGGAAUUGUCAAUGAGGAGAACUUCAAGCAGAUUUACUCCCAGUUCUUUCCUCAAGGAGACUCCAGUACAUAUGCUACUUUUCUCUUCAAUGCUUUUGACACCAACCAUGAUGGCUCUGUCAGUUUUGAGGACUUUGUGGCUGGUUUAUCGGUGAUUCUUCGAGGAACCAUAGACGACAGGCUGAACUGGGCUUUUAACCUUUAUGACCUCAACAAGGAUGGCUGUAUCACCAAGGAGGAAAUGCUUGAUAUCAUGAAAUCCAUCUAUGACAUGAUGGGCAAGUAUACAUAUCCUGCACUCCGUGAGGAGGCCCCAAGGGAACACGUGGAAAGCUUCUUCCAGAAGAUGGACAGGAACAAGGAUGGCGUGGUGACCAUAGAGGAAUUCAUUGAGUCUUGUCAAAAGGAUGAAAACAUCAUGAGGUCUAUGCAGCUCUUUGACAAUGUCAUCUAGUUCUCCAGGAGAGGGGGUCAGUUGUCGUGGGGGGACCAUGAUCUAGCCCUAGUCCAGGUUGACCUCACCCUUCUCUUUCCAGGUCUGUCCUCAUCUUUGCCCUGCCCUGGGGGCUGUAGGAAUCCAAGAGCCUUGGGAUUCAGUGGUCCAGAUUGCUGGAGCUGAAGGGGCCAGGGAGUGAGCAGUAUGUUCCUGACUCCUUACGGCUCCCAUCCCCUUCCUGCCUGACAUUUAGCACUGAGAGCACCCCUGCUAUAGGAAAGGAGUGGUUCUCCAGUCCUACCCCCACUCUAGAAACCACAACACUAAACAAAAUCUCUCCUGCUAUGGUGCUUCCCCUGUCCUUAAUCUCACAAACAGGGAUCUCACAAACAGCCUUCUCAGAGAGGCUGCUGUC